GAAAAGGAAAAGAGAGGGAAUGAAAGAGGACCCAGGAGGAGGAGGAGAGGAGGAGGGGGAAGGCGGCGCCUGGUCCUUGGCCGAAGUGGCCCUGGCUGAAAAGAAGAGAAAGCCCACCCAACGCCGCUUGCUUUCCCUCGGAGGGUCCGGGGUCCUUGUGGGGCUCCUUCCUCUUCCUCUUGGGGCCAGUUGGGCUUCCUUAAGAGGGGCCCCCUCCUCCCUCCCUUCCUCCUCCUCUUCCUCCAAAAGCCCAGCCGAGGAGGAGGAGGAGGAGGAGGAGGAGAGGCAGGCGAUGAAGGCGUUGAGGAUGAAGGCCUCCUCCUCCUCCCCUCCCUGCCCAUCAUGAAACUCUACUGCAAAGUGGGCUCCCUCUGCCUCUGCCUCUGCCUGGGGCUCCUGCUGCUCCUCUACUUCUUCAGCGGAGGAGACAGCCAGCGGCAGCAGCGGGGACAAGGGAGGACCCCUCGGGGCCAAGGGGCCCGGGGCCAGCCCCUCGCCCUCCUCCGGACCCAGCAGCAGGCGCCUCCGCGGACCAAGAAGCAGCCGCCCCCUCCUCCUCCUCCUCCUCCUCCCAGCAAGAAGGCCAAGGCGGAGGGCGGAGGGCAGCGGAGAGGAGCCCGGGGGAAGGGGGCCAGCCUCAGGAGACCAAAGGACCAGAAGCUUCCUACAGCCCUGAUCCCAUCUCCACAGUGGAUGCAUUUGGCGGUUGUAGCAUGUGGUGACCGGCUGGAAGAAACUCUCAUCAUGCUGAAGUCAGCAGUUCUGUUCAGCAAUAGGAAGAUCAAAUUUCACAUCUUUGCUGAGGAUUCCCUGAAGCCUGAAUUCGAAAGGAAAUUGCAAGAAUGGCCUCCCUCUUACACAAAGAAGUUUGAAUGUCAUGUCUACCCAAUCGCCUUUUCUGUUGGAAAUGCUCAAGAAUGGAAAAAAUUAUUCAAGCCAUGUGCUGCCCAGCGCCUCUUUCUUCCGAUGAUUUUAAAAGAUGUGGACUCCCUUCUGUAUGUGGACACAGAUGUCCUCUUCUUGCGACCCAUUGAUGACAUCUGGAGAUUUCUGACAGCAUUCAAUUCCACACAGCUGGCUGCAAUGGCACCAGAACAUGAAAUACCAAAGAUUGGUUGGUACAGUCGGUUUGCUCGCCACCCAUAUUAUGGAACAACUGGAGUCAACUCCGGUGUCAUGCUGAUGAAUUUAACCCGCAUAAGAAAUACCCAGUUUAAGAACAGCAUGAUACCGACAGGCCUGACAUGGGAGGAGAUGUUGUACCCUUUAUACCAAAAGUAUAAAAACUACAUUACAUGGGGAGACCAGGACUUGCUCAAUAUUAUUUUUUACUUUAACCCAGAAUGUCUCUACCUGUUUCCUUGCCAAUGGAACUAUCGGCCAGACCACUGUAUGUAUGGCAGUAACUGUAAAGGAGCAGAGGAGGAAGGCAUUUCCAUUCUCCAUGGGAACAGGGGUGUCUACCAUGAUGAUAAACAGCCUACUUUCAAAGCCCUCUAUGAAGUGAUACGUGAUUUUUCCUUUGAAGACAAUCUCUUCCAAUCAAUGUACUACCCUCUCCACACUAAAUUCCUUGAUACUGUACAUACUUUAUGUGGGCGAAUUCCACAGGUUUUUUUGAAACAAAUUGAGAGAACUAUGAAGAAAGUGUAUGAAAGUCGAGUGAUCGUCAAUGUUGGAGCCAACUUCAGAUUGUAAAUGGAGCAAUGUACUUUGAUACAAUUUUCAUAGUUUCAUGCAGCCUGCUUGAAGCAUAUUUAAAGAGGCAGUCUUAUAUGUCUGCUGAGAGAGAUAGUUGCCACUUAAUCAAAGCUGGCAGGGUAUUCUUUGUUUGGUUUUAAUGGUUCACACAUAGUUAAUGAGCUUGGUGGGAAUGAAUAUCAACAUGACUGGAUUUCAGCAGACACUUUGGAAAUUAUUGAUAACAUAAUCUGAUUAUUUUUUAACUUUGAUAAUUACAGAGCACUGAUUUUGGACGCAUCCCACUGAAAUAAAUGGCAUUUCAGAAUGAAGAUGGUCAUCAGUGGGCAACUACAGGGGACUAAUCCCCCCAGUAGAUCUCCCCACAGGCCACCCCCUCCCUCACAGGAAGCCCAUAUACUUCCAUUUUCCUCUGUAGUCCCUCUCAAAAUGACAACAGGUAUGGUGUGCUUAUGAAGAUAGAUGUGUAUUAACACAUUUGGAGGGCUUUUUGUGUGGUUUGCGGGCAAAAAUUGCUUGAAGAUAGUACUGAUUUUUUUAAAAAAAUUGGGGGUUUGAGGGACUGGUGAGGCUACAAAAGUGGGUCCGCAGGCCUCAAUUGGCCCACUACUGAUUUAGUACCUUAACAGAGGUAUUUUACAAAUAUCUACUCAGAUGUAAACCUCAUUUAGCUCAGUGGGAAUUACAGACAGAUGGCUAUAGGAUUCCUGCUUAAAUCAUGUUUUUAACUUUCUGCUGCCCAGGAAGAUGAAUGGCUUGAAGUAGGCUAAUACAAAUAUUUGAUGAAUGACAAAUUUUUCUGUGCAGCUCUGUAAAAAGACUACUGUCAUCUUCAAAGACAUUUCUUAGUAUUUGAAAGUAAUUGCGCAGACUAUGAUUAUAUAAGAGAUCACUUAAGUUUUAUGGCAGAGGACAGAAAUACAUGCAUUCUAAUUUAAUACCCUCUUCUUUCUUAAGAUGUUAUAGCAUUUUGGAUCUGGUUGUUUCUCACACUAGCAUUUGUCUUCCAUUGGGACCACCAAAUUUAAUGGUUCACACUUUCAUAAUUGGACCUGUCUUAGUGUUAGCCACAGGAAAACAGAUUUGCAGUAGCAAUCAUGCCAAAACAGUAAUUGAUGAUUAAUUAGAGUCUGGGAAACAUAAAAUGAAGGGAACUCUAUCAUUCUUCCAGUAUGUCUGCAUUAUGCUGCAAGAUGCACUUAAAAAGCAAAAUCCAUUGGGAAUCAUAAGAAAGGCUGAAAAUGGACGUGUGAGCAGUACAGCCCUCCAAAGACCCUGUGGAGCCAAUGUGCCUCCCCAAAAAACCCUUCUAAAUAGUCAUGUUUACUUCUUAUAUUGGCAACAUGUUCAUCCUGUGGGAUAAUGCAUGGAUAAAAGUAACAUUUGCAGGAACUUGGACAGAUCUGAGGAAGUUAAGCUGGUAGUUUUUAGGAACUCACGUAUGCAACCAUUUCAUUUAAAAUAACACCAUCACUAAGGUUCUUAUAGUUUGCUUGUUUUAAUACAGCACAACAAGAGUGGUGGUGCAAUGUAUGGCAAGUGUUAAUAAGUUCCAGUGUUUCAACUAAGUAGUAUCACCUUGUGUAAUUUAUUACCUCAUGGGUAGGGAGGGGGGAUGAGGAGUACAAUUUUUCUCUGCAAGUGUUUACAUAGCAAAUGAAAACAGGCACUGUUUGUGCUAUUUCCUUAACAUGGAUGGGUAAGAUCAUGUAAAGCAUCAAGUAAGUUCUUCUUCCUUAUGAAGAUUCAGGGUCUCAACAAGCCUCCCCCUUUAGCGCCAGAUCAGGGCCGCAAUAACUACAUGCCACGGCCCUGAUCUCUCCUUUCCGCAGUGUAAAAAGGAGUCUUUUUGCGGCUCCUUUUUGCACCCCGGAGAGGGCACCAUAGCUGCCAACCCCGUGGAUUUUUGGUGUUCCUUUGGCGCUGCAUCAUCUAGACACAGUGCCAGAGGAGUGCUGUGACACUGCCUGCCAUGUGGUGCAAUGCACGUUGCCACACCAGCAUGGGACAAAGUCAGGGCAUGUGUUGUGCAGACUGGCCUUAACUGUAGUUAGGAUGACAUGAGGCUCUGUGAUUAUGAUACCACACAGAGCUAAGUGUUCUUAAAUUCGCUAAUCUCAACAGGUUUAAAGUGUGCUUGCUUCUGUGAAGGACUGCACUCUUUGUCAUCUUUGUAAUAGGUUGACAGAGCUGAUCUUCAGAAAUUUGCCCCAUAUAACUAUUAGUAGGGUGGAGGAAAGAGGUGUCACAAUGCAACAGGUUUACAGUGUGCUUGUAUCUGUGAGGGACUGCACCUUUUGUCACCUUUGUAAUAGGUUAACAGAGUUCUUCUUCAGAAAUUUGUCCCAUGUAGUUGUUAGCAGAUAGGGGGAAAGAAGUGUCACAGUGCAGUCUUGCCUGAAAAUAUGGAAUCUAGUAUUUGAUUUUUUUUAAAGGGGUUAACUCUAUUAGUCUAUUGCAGUAAAAACAACCAAGGGUUUUAUGGCAUCUUGCAAACUAGCACAUUUAUGAUGAUAUAAGUUUUUAUGGCUGCAUACCAUACUGCUUCAGAUGCAUGAAAAUGUCAUUCAGAAUUUUAGUUAUACAUACAGUGAACACAGUGAGUUUAGAUUGCCACUUUCAGUAUUUUCUGCAUGUAAUUGCUCUCUGACCUCACUGUCUAAGUAUAGGUAAUUGGAAAUAUACCAUAUGUAGACUAGAAGUCGACAACAUGUAUAAGUCAAGGGCAGGUUUUGGGGCCAAAAUUAUGUAUUUUGCUAUGACCUGUGGAUAAGUUGAGGUAAACUUAGGGGCAUAU